GCCUGUCUCCUUCCCGAUUCCCGAAUAAAGAAACCAUCCACGCUUCAACCCUCGGCCACGCGCGCCGCCGCCGCCGCCGUUCCCUCGUGGCAACCAUGGCUGGCGCUGGCAGUGGCGGACCACCCGGCGGCGAUGGCAACUGCAGUGUGAUUUAUUCACCCUAUCCGCAGUCGCCGCCUCUUGCUCCUUGCCUGACCUACCUGUUCCAACACUUCGGCCUGGACAAGAUCGGCGAUAUCAUGAACCGUCCCGAUGGCAAGACGUUCGAGCAGAGGAUCGUCCACCUACGAGAGGCACUAGAUGCUUUCGAACGUGCUCGUGACAUAUUCCACGUGGUCGAGAUCGACGAGGGCGGCGACGAGGAUGAGGACGAGGAGGAUGAAAAUCUCUUAGGUGAUGAAGAUGAAGAUGAAGAAAAACCAGAUAUCGUGAAACGGCCACAUGCUCCUAUUGAAGGCGAACUGGAAUGCAAGAAGCCACAGAUAGCACAAGACUUGAGGUGCCGAUUAUGAGAAGAACCUGAGUCUGGAGGGACAGAGAAUUCCUCGCGGUAGUUAGUGAUUUACGUGUGCUGUAUGAAGCACACAGCCUAUGUUUACUUAGUUUACAUUGCACCAACAUAUUUCAAGAUGCACUUGUUUAUACUCUUGAGGAAGCUGCGGUUUGGACAAUCUAAAAUGUUUAGAGUUGCACUUGUUUAUA